CCAUCACUUGUGAAUUAUCUGCUUUCCAUAGCUCUCAUUCUUCCAGAAAAUGAGCUCGAGCCACGUGGAGAAUAUGCCUUUAAAUCAUUCAAGUCCUCAAGGAACACAGAGAUCUUCCGGGAAGCUAUGGCUCCUCUGCUCAACAAUAAUUUUCCUAUUGCUUUGCCUCUUCAUUACACUAAUCUUUAUUUUUCUCCUACUCAAGACUGUCAACGAGCCCUGUGUAGCUAAAUUUGGACCAUUACCCUCAGGAUGGCAAAUAACAUCUUCUGAGCCUCUUUGUGUGGCUGUAGAUAGGGACGAGAAGUCUGAUUGGAAGCUGAAAAUACUUCGGAGUGGCUUGUAUGUAAUUUAUGGCCAAGUGGCGCCCAAUACAACCUACAAGGAACCAGCUCCUUUUGCAGUGCAGCUACGUAAAAACAAUGCCAUCAUACAAACUCUCACAGACAACUCUAAAACUCACAAUAUAGGAGGAACUUAUGAAUUUCAUGCUGGCGAUACGAUAGCCUUGAGAUUCAACUAUAAAUAUCAGGUUCUAAAAAAUGAUACAUACUGGGGGAUCUUAUUGGUAGCAAAUCCCCGGUUCGUCUCCUAG